AAGGCCCAAAACUAAACCGAUCGUUUCAAUUCUAUGACUGCGGUUGAAUUGAACGGUUCCGGCUAACGUGCACGCUCUGUAACGGUCGCUCUAUUAUUUUCCGCCGCAAGCUGUUUAUAUUUUAAAUAUUUAAAAGAAAAUAUACAAAAGUGUUUUAAAAAUAUAUACGAAGCAUAAAAUAUUUAUACAAGUUUAUAGAAGAAAACAAAUGAAGUGUAGAAAGUGAAAUAGCAAACGAGCCACUGCCAAAGGAUUAUCUUCUGCAACUUUAAAUGGGAUUAUACCUGAACACUUGAAAUUUCCAAGCGAGCAUGGAACUGCAUUGGCAGCUGCUGACGUUCAUCGUGUGUCUCCAAAGUCUGCGUUCCGCGGGGUUUAUUCUGCAGGAAGAGCGCAAGUGCACUUACGGCCGUAUCGAGAAGCUGCUGCGCAUUCGAUGCUACGAUCUGGACCUCAAGGAGGUGCCCCAGAACCUCAAGACCUCGGUGGAGGUUCUGGACCUAUCGCACAAUCGCAUCAGGAAGCUGAAAAGUGGCUCGUUUCAAAGGUACACAGACAUUAAGUUUCUGAUGCUCUAUGAUAAUAUGAUCUUAUCGGUGGAGCCGGGAACUUUUGAGCCACUCACCUCGCUCCAGGAAAUAGAUCUUUCGAAUAAUGGACUGACAACGAUUCCGCUGGAGUUGUUUCAGCUGCCACGUCUGAGAAAUCUCUAUAUCGACAGCAACGAGCUGACAUCCCUGAACCUCCAGGCGCUGGAGAAGCCCGUCCGGGCACCACUGGAGUACCUGAACAUUGCAGGCUGCGAACUGCAGGAGUUGCCCGACCUGGGUAUACUGCCAAAGCUCUGGCAACUGAAUGCCUCGAUGAACCCUCUGCAGGAAUUCAAGAUCGACAGCCUGGCGAACCUGUGUCACCUGCAGGUCAUCGAUCUGACCAAGUCGCAGCUCAGCCAGUGUGGCUGCCAGCAGGUCACCAACCAUCUCAUGAUGCUCGGCGCCAGUCCGAAGUUCGUGCCCGUUUGCAUGGAGGCGCUCGACAUCCGCGAGUGUCCACUGCCCUACAAUCGGACGAUCCACUCGGCGACGUUCGCCAGUUGCCAGACGACUGUGGAGUUGGCCGAAACGCGCAGCUUGUGGCUCUUUGGCGCAGGCUGUUUUGGAGGCGUUUGUAUUGUGCUAAUAGUUGUCAUCUUCUGCGUGAUACAUUACCGGAGAAAACGAGCCCAAAGACGAAAGAGAAAUGUCCAGAAGCGAAAGCCUUUUGUGAUCUCGCCCAAAAAUGCCAUCAACAACCGUCAUCCGGAGGACGAGCCUCUGCACUGUGAUACUGCCCGAAAAUAGCACUUUAGUUAGUUACUUAGUUAGUUUUAGUGGCCAGUUAUUUAUUACAUAUCAUUACGUCUUAGUUUAGCCAUAGGACAACUGUCUACCUAGCGAAUCGAAUCAUUUACCAAAAAUCACCAAAAC